AUGGCAGCCAUGUUUCAACUCACAGCGCACCGAAUCCACACCCCGACCGGCAUUCCACCCUGCCUGCUGGGUGAGUCCCCUACCUGGGACGAGGAGCACCAGACUCUGUGGUGGAUCGACAUCCUUGGCGAGGCCCUUUACGUUGCCCAGCCGACCCCCAACAUGUGUGACUUCGACCGCGUCGCCGUGCUGCCGCUUCCCGGGCACCGCCCUGGCUUUAUCGUGCACGCCGCUGCGCCGGAUGCCGCUGGUGCGGGGAGGCCAUGGAGUCGCGGCGCCACUCCGUACCAUGCCGUGUGGGGCUCACAGAAGGGCCUCUACUACACCUCCUAUUCCACAAAUUUGCCGUGGCGCACCUCGGGACAGGCGAACCGGCCGCCAGAGCUGGACACCUCGACGGCAGUACGGCACUAUCGAAUAGCGCGUUUUCCGCAGUCCGUUUUUCAGCUCCAGGGCGGACGAGUCUACCGCUUCAACGACGGCAAAGUCGGCCCUGACAGCUCUCUUUGGUGCGGCGGCAUGAUGGAGCGCACGGACAACUUUCCUAUACGCGAUGUCGCCUGCGGCUCCCUGCUGCAGUGGGUCCCCGGUGGCGCCGCAAAAUCAUCGUCUUCCGUCACGAGUAACGGCUUCUCUGUUGGGGUGCCUGGCGUGACCGUGUCGAACGGGAUAGGGUGGUCCCCGGCGGGGGAUGUCUUGUACCACGUCGAUACGCCGGCCGCCGUCAUUCGUGCAUACCCGUACCACGCUGUGUCCACCUCGGAGGGCUUCGCAGGGGGCCUUGACCGUCGGGAUGAGACCAAGGAAGAGGGAUGCGUGUAUUGGGCACUGCCCAGUUCCCUGAGGGAACGAGGCGCCACACUUGACGGGCUGUGCGUCGACGCGUCGGGGGCGGUGUGGGUGGCACUGACGGGCAUCGGCGAGGUGGUGCGUCUGCAAGGACGCAUGGUUGGCUGCACCGUUGUCGAGCCGAUAGCUAUUACGGGCGUGGUCAAGGUGCCGGGGGUAGCACUGACCACGAGCUGUUGCUUCGGUGGCGCCGACCUCACGACACUCUACAUCACCACCGCGCGUGCCACAUCAAAGGCGGCGGCGGAGGCGUGCAAGCAGGACAGUGCAGGGUGGAUUUAUGCGGUAAACUUGAAGGGAAUUGCGAAGGGCAUGACCGCCUCACGACUGCGUCUGCCCACAUUGAGUCUGCCAGCUCUGCAACAGCAUCACCUAUAG